AUGCCAGAGUUGGUUGUUUUGCUGCCAGAACUUUGCAUUAUGACAGGAUUGUCAGAUAAGCAAAGAGAAAGUUUCCAAUUGAUGAAGGCGAUGGGUGAACACACUAGAGUUAGUGCAGGAUACCGCAUACGAAAACGCUUUCAAUUUGCUGGGCGUUUUUGCGCCUGUACCACUGCAUUAGGAGAAAUUGGGCGUUGGGGCCUCAAACUUGCAGAUAAUUUGAUUGAAUUCCAUGGAAGAGUGUUACCUGCAGAAUCUCUUUUAUUGAGGAAUAACCAGCUCAUUCAAAGUGGAGAAGAAGCUGAUUAG